UGAGAACAACCCUCAAGAACAACAGAACUUCAGCCAAAACAUCCCGUCAGUCCCACAGAAACCAUUCACGUUAUGACUUCGCUCCUCGCGGUGACUCGGGUUCCUUCAGUGUUGGGAGCAGUGGGAGGAUGUCUUAGUGCCUGUCGUACACUGUUCACACGCCCACAGUUCCCUGGCAGUGUCGCUCUCACGCCCACACCGGCGCCCGUGUUCAGCGUUGGUGGGGGCGCCGGGAGUGCCUUGCUGGCGCCCUGUCUCGGCCUCUUGGGAGCUGUGAGUGGGCGCACAAAUGUUAGAAACCACUUCCCGUCCCAGCGAAGUGAAGCGUGUCAAGCGACAUGGAUGGAAGGCCCGUAUGGCUACGCUGUCAGGACGGAAAGUUUUGAUGAGAAGGAUCUUGAAGGGAAGACACGUGUAUAGCCACUGAAGCGUUGUCAUUUUGUAUUGCUUAUUGCUUGUACAAUAUUUUUAUUGAAUGUAAAUAUAUGUUGUAAUUAGAAA